UUUUUUUGUUUCCAAAUGAGGACACGGAGAUCAAAUUUAAAGAGGCUUGCAGGGAUGAUUGUAUUGGUUUCUUUGGUGUGCAUUUUUCUGAAUGCUUCCUUAGUUUACCUACCAAUCACUUCGGCAUGCUCUCUCUUUUCUUCAAGUGGUUGUGCUACGUUUAAACAGUAUAUUUAUGUUCCAUCACGGAAAUUAACCGAUGAUGAGAUUGCAGCUAGAGUUGUUUUUAAAGAAAUUUUGAAGACACCUCCUAUUCAAUCAAAGACCCCAAAAAUUGCUUUCAUGUUUCUGACUCCAGGUUCAUUACCCUUUGAGAAGCUAUGGGACAAGUUCUUUAGUGGCCACGAGAACAAAUUCACUGUUUAUGUACAUUCUUCUGAGGAAAAACCGGUACAUGUAAGUCUCCACUUUGUUGGUCGAGACAUUCCGAGUGAGAAGGUGGCCUGGGGGGAAUUUUCCAUGGUUGAAGCAGAGAAGAGGCUUUUGGCAAAUGCACUUGCGGACCCUGAUAACCAACAGUUUGUGUUGCUUUCUGAUAGUUGUGUACCCCUGCAUAACUUCGACUAUGUGUAUCGCUAUCUAAUGUAUACAAAUGUCAGCUUUAUUGAUUGUUUCAUUGAUCCUGGUCAACAUGGAACUGGGCGGUAUUCAGAGCACAUGUUACCUGAAGUUGAAAAGAAGGAUUUUCGGAAGGCUUCACAGUGGUUUUCCAUGAAGCGGCAGCAUGCUAUCAUGGUUAUGGCUGACAGUCUUUACUAUAGGAAAUUCAGGCUUUACUGCAAGCCAAAUAUGGACGGCCGCAACUGCUAUGCUGAUGAGCAUUAUUUGCCAACUCUUUUUAAUAUGAUUGAUCCCAAUGGAAUUGCAAAUUGGUCCGUAACACAUGUUGAUUGGUCUGAAGAAAAAUGGCAUCCCAAAACAUAUAGGGCUCAAGAUAUUACUUACGAGCUCCUAAAGAACAUUACGUCCAUUGACAAGAGCAUACAUAUCACUAGUGAUGCAAAGAAGAGUGUAUUGGUCACACCUUGUUCGUGGAAUGGGAUGAAAAGGCCUUGCUUUCUAUUUGGCAGAAAGUUCCAUCCCGAGACUCUGGAUAAAUUGAUGCAGCUUUUCUCCAAUUAUACAACAGUUUAAGCCUUUUCUCCAUCAACAUUAUUGUUUGCUCGUGUGCCCUCACCCUUGUCACCCUAGAUAAUGUUUAUAUAAAGAUUGUAAGGUUCACUUUCCAGACAGUUUGGAUGCUUCUCGGCAUAAAGGUUGACAAUGAUUGCUUUAUUUCCACUUUGUCACUGAUUACCAGUUUUCUGUUUAAAUUGAUGGAUUUUUAUCUUUAUUUCCACUUUAUUUCCAUUUUGGUUUCUAUUUAAAUAAAUGGAUUUUUAUCUUUGGCCGUGAAAGAA